AAGCUAAAAGGACUCCAAUCGUCAAUUUAAUUGAUAACGGAUAGCAUAUCUCAACGAACAAGUAUUUUAGUAAAUUAAUAUGACCUCAUCAAAGAAAUCUGCCGAGGGAACGGACCUUGUUCAACAAGCAGAGAAAUACUUAAAAACCUCGUUGUUAAAAUGGAAGCCGGACUAUGAACUGGCAGCAGACAGCUAUAACAAAGCUGCAACCUGCUUCAAAACUGCCAAAGAGCUCCAGAAAGCAAAAGAUUGUCUAUACAAAGCAUCGGAUUGCUACAAGCAAACCAAAGCGUACUUCUCUGCUGCCAAGAGCUUGGAUCAAGCAAUUCUUUUAUUGAAGGAAUUGCAAGAUUGGAAAGAAAUAUCAACUAUUGCACACAAGGCUUGCCAACUGUUUCAGGAGCAUGGAUCUCCCGAUACGGCUGCAUUACUUUUGGAUAAAUCCGCAAAAAUGAUUGAGCCUCAUCUUCCUGAAGAUGCCCUUGUUUUAUACAAGAGGGCAAUGGAAGUAGUUAUGGUAGAAGAUAGGCCCCGCCAAGCAUCCGAGUUUGCGUCCAGAGCUGGGCGACUGCUCGUUAGAUUGGGAAGGUACGAGGACGCCAUCAAUAUGUUAUCAAAGGAAAUGAAUUACCAUAUUGCGGGUGAAAAUCCAGCGGCGGUUGGACGAGUUUUAGUAGCCGUUGUAAUGCUUCACCUAGCUCGUGAGGAUAUCAUUGCUGCUGGGAAAGCGAUACAGGAAUGGGGUGGCAACGGCCAGCAAGAAGAACUACAAGUAGCCAUGAAUCUACAUCACGCGUUCGAUUCGGAAGAUGCCCAAGCAGCAGAGAGGGCACUCGCUGAUCCUUUCAUUCGCCACAUGGAUGUGGAAUACGCGAAACUUACUCGGUCCGUUCCAUUACCCAAAGGGCUAAGUGAAUUGGAAAAUGCUGCUAGGCCAAAAACAAAUCUAGAAUCUCUUGUGGAUGACAUUCCAGCCAUUGAUGAUGACGACAUCGAGAAUGAAUAUGGCGGUGUUGCAAGGAGCUACCAUAAAGAUCCUGAAGCCGAAUCAAAAGAAAUGAAAAACGAUGUCGAUUUAGAAGAAGGUGGAUUAUGUUAAAAAUUACGAAGACCUAGUCCGUUAUUUACUCAUUCCUUUUGGUGUUGUCGCAUUUUCUCGUUUUUUUUCUUUCUUUCUGCUCGUUUUUUCCCCCUGCUGCUAACUUAAAUGUAUCUAAACAUCAAUGUUGCCUGUGUACUCCCAAAUACACAAAUUGCUACUCUAA